CGUCUCUCCAGAGCAAUCAACCAUGUCGACGAUAGAGUUCCCUCUGGGCAUCCUAUCUCUCAGGUCGUCUUCUAUCAGUCGGGCGUUGGCUCUUCAAACAAUCUCUACGAUCAGAUUGUGGAUGGUAUGUUUACCUAUCUUUGCGAAAAAGUCGAGGAGGCAUAUGCCUUCAUUGCCCAGAAUUAUCAUCCGGGGGAUGAGAUCUUCCUCUUUGGAUUCUCUAGGGGAGCGUACACGGCUCGCAUGGUGGCUUCGUUCAUCGGCAAGAUUGGUAUUCUCGACAGAACGGACAUGGAUCACUUCGCGGACAUAUUCAUCGCUUUCCAGAAGAUAGGGAAGAUGGACGACGACGACGAUGAGAAGGGGAAGCCGGACAUAACCAAGUUCCUGGCUCGUUGGACUGCGGAGGAUUCACCGGGAAAGAAACGGGCAAGUGCUAGCCCCAACGGGUUCUCCAUCAAAUGUGUUGGCGUUUUUGACACUGUUGGUUCUGUCGGACUUCCGGAGGAACUUACUCGGCGUUCCAACCGAAUCAGGACACUUUUUGGGUUCAGCGAUAAUAAGCUAGGAGACCACAUUGAGCGAGCGUACCAAGCGCUGGCCCUCAAUGAGAGAAGAGCCGAUUUCGAUUGUGCCAAAUUUGAGCAGCAGGAAAGCGGCAGACGCAAAGGGCAAGUGUUGAAGCAAUGCUGGUUCACUGGAUGUCACUCGGACAUUGGCGGAGGAUAUCAGGAACAUGACCUGGCUGAUCUGACUCUCACUUGGAUGGCGGCUCAUGUCGGUGACAUCCUGUCAUUGAACGUCGAGUACAUCGCAAGCCUGCCAGAUCCAGUCGCCCUCUGGGGGGAGCAGGCGUCGCACAAUUCCGCCGUGGGCAUAUUUUCCCUCGCAAAGACUAUCCAGCGGAAGAUUCCCACUGCUCCAGAUGAAACAACACAUGAAACAAUACAUCCGUCUGUCCUUGAGCAGAAGUUGCUCUCGGAGAUCAUACCCGAGUUGCUUGAGAACGUCAAGAAGAACCCGGGCCUCGUGGCCCCCCUCCUCCCUCUGGAGGAGGAGCUCAAGCGCAACUGGCAAGUAAUACAGAGCAAGGAGAAUGCUCAAGGUUUGCAAAAACAGGGAUCU